AAUGCUUCUCUGAUAUGUCAUUAGUUUUGCGUUCUUUCCUUUUUCCAUCCAGAGUUGUUUGAACUUUCAGCAUGACUCUGGAAUUAGCACUUUUGCUUUGCAUGUUUUUGGGGACGCAUGGUUUCAACAAACAGUAUCCUAUUGAACCUCAGCCCAACUUUGAUCUGGAGAAAUUUUCAGGUGAAUGGUACCGUAUUGGACUUGCAGAUGAGUCAGAGCUGUUUGCGAAGUACAAAAACCACAUAAAGCUUUCUAAAGGUCUUCUGGUACCAGAUACCAAUGGAAAUGUGAACCUGACCAUGUGGACCAUGAGACCAUAUGGAUGCUCCGUCAUUGUUUAUUCAUACGAGAAGACAGAUGUUCCUGGAGAGUUCACUUACUUUAGCCAAAGGCACAAGAUAACAAAAGACGUCACGAUAGUGGAGACCAAUUACACUGAUUAUAGUUUGGUCCUUAAAUACAAGAACAUGGACAAAGAGUACACUCAAGUAGCUCUUUAUGGACGGUCAUCCAUACUAAGACCCGAUCUAAUUGAGAAAUUCAGAUCUUUUGCUUUAUCUCUGGGCUUUUCUGAGGAGGCCAUUAUCGCCCCAAAAGAUCUUGAUCCCUGCCCUAUCCUAGAACCAAGGAAUACAGCAGAAUUCAGAGAGGACAAAUCUGCACAAACUGUUAAUCAAUCAGUCUUUGCCACUGAGAAUCUUUCCAAAGUGUGAUUGAUUGGACAGGAUGUUUUUAUCAGUAACACACUCGAACUCUAUAACUAAUUGUAUACUUUCACCAUCUUUCAGCCAGCCGUGGAGUCAGACCUUGGGUUACAUAUACUCAGUUUUGUUACACAUUUGGGGAACAGUGUUUGUUUUAACGCAAACAAUCAUUGGAGAAAUGCAACACUAUAACAUUGUCAAUGUAACGCAAUUCAUGCUACAAUUGUAAAACCAGCAGGUGGCGCUGUUGUAUUCAU